AGAGUAGCAGCUACGCCUACUGUUCUUCCUACUCUUUUCACUAUGUAUAUAUACAAAAAAGGGGAAGGAAGAUCAAGUUAAAAGGGUUUGGCCAAAAAAAAAAAGUUCUAGAUCAGGGUGGGUCAGGAGUAGGAUAUGUUCGUCAUUUCGAGCAGUAAGAAGAGAGGAAUCGAAGGUUCUUUUCUAUUUUUUGUUUUAGUAUUAAUUGGAAGCUGUUUUUGGGUAGUUUUGAGAGUGGAAUUUGGAAAAACCCAUACAAAAAUGGAGAGGAGCACUCCGGUGAGGAAACCACACACUUCCACAGCAGAUCUGCUCACUUGGUCCGAAACUCCUCCCCCUGAUUCCUCCGCCUCCGCCCCUCGCGCCACCCGCCCUCACCAGCCGUCGGACGGAAUCAGAAAAGUGGUGUUUGGAGGUCAAGUGACCGAUGAAGAAUUUGAAAGCUUAAACAAACGGAAACCUUGUUCUGGAUAUAAAAUGAAGGAGAUGACUGGUAGUGGCAUUUUUGCAGCUAAUGGAGAAAAUGAUGAGUCAGAUCCAGGCAGUGCUAAUCACACUCCAAACAACAAAACAGGACAACGAAUGUAUCAGCAAGCACUAGCUGGAAUCAGUCACAUCUCGUUUGCUGAGGAAGAGAGUAUUUAUCCUAAAAAGCCAAUUACUCUUCCUGAGGUGGCGAAGCAGCGUGAGCUAAGUGGCACACUAGAAAGCGAGAUAGAUGCAAAGUUGAAGAAGCAACUCUCUGAUGCAAAGUGCAAGGAGCUUAGUGGACAUGACAUCUUUGCACCCCCGCCUGAAAUUUUGCCAAGGCCUACAACUGUACGUGGAUUGGCAUUGAAGGACAAUUUUGACAUGGGAGAAUCUAAUACAUAUGAUCUUGCUGGAGGUAGCAUGUCAAGUGAGGAGGCCGAACUUAAGACAGCAAAGAAAAUUUAUAAUCAGAAAUUUGCUGAACUCUCAGGAAAUAAUAUAUUUAAGGGUGAUGUUCCUCCAGGUUCUGCUGAGAAACCACUCAGCGAGGCAAAGCUGCGGGAGAUGAGUGGCAGCAACAUCUUUGCUGAUGGGAAGGUUGAGUCUCGAGAUUACUUUGGUGGUGUACGCAAACCCCCUGGCGGUGAAAGUAGCAUUGCUUUGGUUUAAUUUCUUAGGUCUAACUCUAUCAUUUUGCUACGCUGUUCCCUAGUGUUUUCUGUUAUCUUAUUAGCGGGGGUGUGAUUAAUAUUAUUUGACCUUUUCAUUUUGGGGUUUGGGAAUUAUGUUGUAGGUUUAACAGGUCAACAUGAGCUAUGGACUUAUGUUAAUUGCUUUGUUUGUCCAUAAUAUUCUGUUCUUGGCUCCCGUCUUGGUGAUGGUCUUGGGCUGUUUCAGAUUUAAUUUUAUUGCAUAGUGCGACAUUGACUAUCAUUAUAUUUGUCUGCGAGCUCUAUUGGCAUCUUGAAAUUGUCUAGACCCUCGGGGUGAAUUGAAAAAAUGUUUGGUUACUCCCCAUAUUUCAUUAGUUGGCCUUUAUAGGGAGAAAGGAGUUAGUAGGUGGCGGGGUGAGAGCAGUGAGCUGCAGCAGAACAUGACAGCCCAUGUCAUCGUCUGACAAUCAGCUGUUGGUUUGGCAAAUGGAAUUUGGCAUUUGGGCAGUUGAGCAUGAACAGUGCCACCUUUUUUGUCAGUAUUUUCAUCUUGGUCACUGCCACCCUGUUUGCAUGCUUUGGCAUAUGCAUUGUACAAGUCUGUGGCACAUACGGGAACAAUUUUCUGUUAACAGA